AUGAGUAACCCCAAUAGAAACAACACUAAUAUGAACAAUGCCAAGGCCUAUACACAAACCACUAACAACAACAAAAAUAACCGCAACACUAAUACCGACAAACAGAUAUUAAAUAAGAUUAACAAUAUUAACAUAACUAAUAACACGAAUAACUACGCGAAUAAGUCCCAAAAUAACAGCACCUACAAAAAUAAUAGUAUAAACCUAUACAGCGGUAUCAAUAAACCUAAAGACACCCAACCAAUUAAUAUGAACCUGUAUGGGCCAUUACCCUUCACAGGGCCCACGAAUCUGAUGCGAGGUAAAGUAGAUGGUCUCCUGAAGCUAGAAACCUAUCUUGAAUGUUUGGAAGAGAGCGGACCUGCUAAACCUUCCCAUGGUGUAUUCAAAUCGAGAGCUAUUAAAUUGAGCAACGGAUUAAAUCUAUAA